AUGGAAAUUGUUUCCUCUUACCGUGCACCUAAAAAUCGAAACAUCCCUGAUGUGCAAUGGAGCAAAAAAAAAGAAAGUUUAAUCAAUAAUUGGAGCUCACCAAACAAAGAAAAUAGUAUCUCAAAGUUUCUUGUGACGGCAAAAAACCAAGCCGGUGUGUACAGAAAGAGCAACCAGAAUUUUCAUGAGAUGAGGAUCUUCCUGAACGGCCUUCAGGUUUAA